AUGCGAGUCUCCGACUCCACUCCGCCGAUCCAGCCGAACCGGUCCGGCCCGGACGAAGUGGUCGUGAUUGAUGACCAGGCCGAGUCCUCCUUUUCCGCCUCUCUCAAUCACACCUUGCCCAAGCACAUGAAGUCCCGCUAUAACAAUGGAAGUGUCACCUCGACCUCAACAAAGACCUCGAGCAUCUCCUCGACCAAGAAGCCCAACCCGAAAAAGAUCCGUCAUCAGGAGAGCAGUGACAGUGGAGAGAGUGAUUAUAAGCAUCCGGAAAAGAGGAAUCCAUGGAUCCCGACGCCGGUAAGGGUAGGUGGCAAAAAGGAUGACGAAUUUUUGAGGGAAUUGGAUACUAUUUGAGGAUUUUGGAGACAUCGGAGAAAGUCGUCAUUCUUUUUACAUCCAGAAAAAGCCAAAAUGAACUGGGCCAGAGGCAAAAAAAUAUAAAAAAAUAAUUUGCAACUAGAAAUAUAAAACUUAAAAUUUCAGCUCCUAAACCUGAUCCUCUCGACUUUCUGGUGCCUAUCUCAUCUUGCCAUCGCCGUUUUCAUCGCAUUUUUGUACUCCGACCACUACGUUCUCAUGGCCUAUUUUCUCGCCGGUUUCGUAUUUUAUGUCAUCCUGAUCAUCGGAAAUCGCAUUCGACUACCUCAUUUAUACGUUUUUGCCUACAUGUACACAUCAAUGACCCUGAUUAUGCUUACUUUCUUGCUGGUCAGCCUUCUCUUUAUGGACAUUCUCCUUGUCGCGCAUGGUGAACCCUAUGCAGAUUUGGGGGUUAUAGUGAGAACGGACGAUUUUUGGGUCCAAGUCGGGACUUUUGAGUCGAUUUUGUUUGUUUUGUGUGUUUUCAAGUGGUUCACGCUGAGGAAAAUGUUCCAUGACUAUUCGCUGGCCUGUGCGAGGCACUGGAACCAAAGGAAAAGCAAACGGCAAAGUUAUACGCAAAAAUAA